AUGAAGUACAAUUACACUAAUAUAUUACUAUUUUCCCUUUCAUUAAAUAUAUUGUUUUUAUCAUCAGGGGUAUAUAAUCAAGGGAACCAUAACCUUACACUAUAUAAGCCAACUACUACCUCAAGACUGUUAUGCGAAUGUGAAUUGUAUGCACCAUCCAACUAUGACAAUGACCCUGAAAUGAAAGCUGUGAUUCACGAUUUUGAUCAUCAAACAUCUGAACGAUAUAAAGAAUAUGACAAACGUACGAUCAAAAACAGAAAAAAAUGUAAAGACCAAUGUGACAAAGAAAUACAAAAAAUUAUAUUAAAGGAUAAAAUCGAAAAAGAAUUAACAGAAAAAUUAGCGACAUUAGAAACAAACAUAACUACUAAGGAUAUUCCCACCUGUGUUUGCGAAAAAUCCUUAGCAGACAAAACAGAAAAAUUUUGUCUCAACUGUGGGUUUGGAUUGGGAAGUGGUGUGUUGCAGUCUUUAGGUUUAUUUGGGGGAAGUGGUAUCUAUGCUUGGACAAUCGGUGCUCCGGCCGCGGCUAUUGCAGCCGCCAAGGAAGCCGGUGCUGCAGCAGGUAUUAAAGCAGGUCAUGCUGUGGGUGCGACUAAAGUCGUUGAAUUAGUAAAUUCAAAAUUUGGUGUAGAAACUCUAGGUGGUCAGACAUUGAAUGACUUUUUUACUGCAACAAAUUAUAUGAAUGAGACUCUCAUUUUUGAAGCUGUCCAUAAGGAAUUUUAUAAAACCUGUGUGUAUAGUGGUACUAACGCUAGUGAUCGUAUUUGCAUAAUUUUUAACUCAUUAAGUACUGGUCAGGGAGGAACUGUUACAGCGAAUGAAUUUAUAGGAACAACUGCAAAAGAAAUUGUUACACAAGCUCAAUAUACUUCUAAUGCCACAGCUUCCAAUGUUACUACUGUAAAAACAGCAGCACUUAAGGCAAAAAACAUGGCGGUGGUAGAAGCUGGAUUUGACAGUUAUAUUACUGCUGUAAAUGCUUCUAUUGCUGCAAUAUUUAUUAUAGUUUUAGUUAUGGUAAUUAUUUAUUUAAUUUUACGUUAUCGUAGAAAAAAGAAAAUGAAGAAAAAACUCCAAUAUAUAAAAUUAUUAAAAGAAUAA